AGCUUCAAGAGCUGAGCAGCAAGGGUUACCUGCGUGCAGAAAUGCGAGGGCCAUCACUCCUUCCAGGGCUCUGUUUUCUGCUGAGUUUAUCAGAAGUCGUGGAUCAUAAGAGCAUAGCUCCCUGUAAAUGCCCCCGGAAUGCUGACUGUGUCAACAGCACUUACUGUACAUGCAAACAUGGAUACACUUCUAUGAAUGGGAAGGAAUUCUUCACAUUUCCCUUGGCUACAUGUGAAGAUAUUGAUGAAUGUAAACCACCCAUUAGUAUAUAUUGUGGAGCAAAUGCUGCAUGUCAGAAUGUUGAUGGAGGUUUCCACUGUCUCUGUAAUCCUGGAUACAAACUCCUCUCUGGGGGUACUCAAUUCCAGAUCUCCAGUGAAAACACUUGUCAAAAAACCACUUCCUCAGCAACAACCAAAGGCAUGAAGGAUGUGAGCAUAAGCCCAGUCCUUGAACCCAGCCAGCUGCAACAUGUUGUUGAGAUAUUCGAGUCACUUCUCGCUAAUAACACUCUACCGGGAACGGGAGAGAAGAGCAAAGUCGCAUCUUGGGCCACAAAUGUUCUCCAGCAAGUGGAAUCAAAUGCUCUAGAAACUGCCUUGAAAUCCCCGGAGCAAAAAAUCCAGAAAAUCCACAACAGUACUGUGGCUAUUGAAACUCGAGUUGUUACAGACAAUUGCUCUGAAGAAGGAAAGAUCUUCAGCUUGAACGCCCACAUGAACUCAGUGGACAUCCACUGCAAUGACAUUGUGCAGGAAGACAUACAAGGUCCCACGGCAAUUGCCUUUAUUUCUUAUUCUUCUCUUGGAACCCUCAUAAACGCAACAUUUUUUGAAGAGGCAAAUGAGAAAGACCGAGUUUACCUGAACUCCCAGGUAGUGAGUGCUGCUAUUGGACCCCAAAGGAACAUAUCUCUCUCCAAGUCUGUGACUCUGAGUUUUCAGCAUGUGAAGAGGAAGCCCAAUAAAGGAAAGGCCUUCUGCGUGUACUGGAAGAGCACGGGGGGCCACGGCCAGUGGUCCAGGGACGGCUGUUUCCUGAUCCAAGCGAACAAAAGUCACACCAUAUGCAACUCCACCCACCUGUCCAGUUUUGCUGUCCUCAUGGCCUUAACCAGCCAGGAGGAGGAUCCCAUGCUGGUUGUGAUCACCUGUGUGGGGCUGAGCAUCUCUCUGCUGUGCCUCUUCCUGGCAGCCCUCACCCUCCUGCUGUGCAAAGCCAUCCAGAACACCAGCACCUCGAUCCACCUGCAGCUCUCAAUCUGCCUCUUCCUGGCCCAGUUGCUCUUCCUCACGGCCAUCAACCGGACUGAGAUCAAGGUGCUGUGCACCAUCAUUGCGGGUGCCCUACACUAUCUCUACCUGGCGUCCUUCACCUGGAUGCUGCUGGAGGGUCUGAAUCUCUUCCUCACUGCACGCAACCUGACGGUGGUCAACUACUCCAGUGUGAGCAAGUUCAUGAAGAAGCUCAUGUUCCCAGUGGGCUAUGGAGUCCCAGCUAUAAUUGUGGCCAUUUCUGCUGUGAUCAAGUCUGACCUUUAUGGAACACCUGAUCGCUGCUGGCUCAACCUGGACCAGGGAUUCAUCUGGAGUUUCCUUGGCCCCGUCUGUGCCAUCAUCUGUGUGAAUUUAGUUCUUUUUCUCCUGGUCCUUUGGAUUUUGAAAAGGAAACUUUCCUCUCUCAACAGUGAAGUGUCAACCAUCCAGAAUAUAAGGAUGCUGACACUCAAAACGACAUCUCAGCUCUUCAUCCUGGGCUGCACAUGGUUCCUGGGCAUCCUGCAGGUGGGUCCAGCUGCCCAUGUCAUGGCUUACCUCUUCACCAUCAUCAACAGCCUGCAGGGCUUCUUCAUCUUCUUGGUGUAUUGCCUUCUCAGCCAGCAGGUCCGAAACUGGUUUGGAGAGAUCACGAAAUCUAAAUCUGAGUCUGAGACUUUUACACUUUCCACCAAGUUUGGCGCUGACUCAAAACCCAGUGAAGUAAGAGAGCUUGUGACUUACUCUAAUGCUUCCCCCCCAACACACCAAUCCCCUCUCCCGUCUUAGUAUGAGCUCCCUUGCCCAGCAGGAAUGGCAAAGAGCUCUUCCUGAUGACCUGGCUUGCAUUUCCCAUUCUCACUAUAUUGUUCCUCAGUGACUCUUCCCUGAUCACUGUUAGUGCUUAAGCUAGCUUGUGUAUAUAUUCUUGUCAUACAAAGGAAUAGGGGUAAGACAUAUCACCAGCACCACUACCAUCUAAAGUAGAAUGUUUUGGGGGGUAGACUUACAAUCACCAACAUAGCAGAGUGGUCACCAUCCUCUGAAAUCCUGCUGUCCUGUGGAGAGGUGAAUGUAAGCCCAGUGCGAUUAGUAGAUACCAUGGAAAAGAGAGGGACUCCACCCUAGAUGUUCUACAUAAUUAUAAGGGAGGGGUACAUGGAAUAAUGGGAACUGCCUGGGAAAGGAAAUGGUCUUGUUAGUAAGAAGACCUCUGUGGAACUCAGUGGCUGGUAUCCACCCAUUCUUCCAUUGAUUUAACUCAGGCUCAAUGCACUACCUUGUACCUCUCUAUAGUUUUCCUUUAUUUGUCUUUUUGGAGAAAUUAGAGAAUAUACUUCUUUAAGAAGGCAUGCCCUUAGAUGAGCAAGAUGGGCUCCAAACUCAUAAUCCAUAAAAAUUUUCCCAGUUUCAUUUGUGUACUCCCAUGUGUACACCCAGCACAUCUGCUAGCCAAGGAGCCUUAGAAUGUAUUGUUUUUAAAAUGAAAAAUUGAGAAAUUUCUGACACAUUAUCUUUUACUUUUCUUGAACUAAUAUGUGAUAUUCUCAGCACUGGAAAUAUUGAGUCACUAAAAACACAUCUCUCCCUAUUUGGAGGGCAGAAAGGAGAAUUCAUUCUAAAUCUUUCAAAAAGGACCAAAAGGAAAACAGGACCAGGAAAAAAGGUUUAGGGCAUGUCAAGUGAUCAGAAAAAAAUUUUAUGAAUAUUAGGUUUAAUCAUGCCCAAAAAAAGUAAAAUUGUAAAAGGUGCUGGCUGCUAACUGUGACCUUUGAAAGACUUCCCAGAUAAUCCAAAAUAAUUUCCAAAGUUUCCUGCACUCCAAUAACUGGAGAUAUUUUAUUAUCAUUACUUAACAUUGUGGAAGUUGAAUAAGAUGAUCAUAUCUUUUAAAGGGGGCUAUAUGUAUUAGUUACCUGUAAGAAAUACAUUCACUUUAAUUUUUUUGUAUUUGUAUCUGAUUUUAUGUUUUUAUUAUGUUCAGUUAGCCACUGUGUAGUACAUCAUUAGUUUUUGAUGUAGUGUUCAAUGAUUCAUUAGUUGCAUAUAACAUUUACAAUUUUAAUUAAAAUAAUUUCUUAAGCUUUUAUUUUUCUAGGCACAGGAUAUGAUUAAAAAGCUAAAAAAAAAAAAAAUCCCUUCACUUUCCAUGGACAAAUUUGCCCUUGGGUUAAAUUUCUAGCUCUCUUCCCUAGAAACUUGUUAACACUGAAAGGCCAGUUGUGUAACCAGGCAAUAUUGUUUGUAAAAAGUCAUGUUUGACUGGGCAGGGAGUUCUGUGAAUGAACCAUAAAUAGUAGGAGGGGAAUGAUAGCUUUGGACUUCCUGCAUACAAUGACUCAUUCCUCAACCAGGCCAGGAAAUUCUAUCCUCAUGGGCUGCUAUAGGAGGUAUUGGUUUUCUUGUGGGACUUGGGGCUUUUAAACCAAGCUGUAACAUAUGGGUGGUAAAAACUAUAUUUGUUGAGUUCUACAAUAUGUCAAGGUACUGUAGUAGGUAAUGGACCUACAAAAGGAAUAAGACCAACACAGUCUCUGCUUUCAUGGGGCUUAGAGUCUCGCCUUUCUUCAUAGACACAAAUUAACUUAAAUUCUGGAGCAGGCUACUAUGUCUGAAAUUUUUUCAAAAAAAAAAAAACAAAGAAUUCUUCAUAUGGGAUUUUUGAGAAGUCCUCCCAUAUAAGCUGCAGAAGGCCACACUUGACGUAGGAUUCCAAAAUGCUAGAUUGUGUCAUCCUUGCAUGCUGGAUGGAGCUCUUGCCACUAGGGACUUACUAACAAGCUCUGAACAAGCCAUAAUAACCCACUUUUUGACCAGUUUGAUCCAGUUCAGAUGCCAUAUUAACCCUCCAGAUGACUUCAAGAUCAUUACCAUCUAAUUAUAAUAACAAAAAACAUAACUACCUGCAACAUGACAGAUCCCACUGUGCCCAUUUAAGGGAAGAACAGAGGUGGCACUCUAAUCCUAGAAGCCUCUUCCCCCUUCCUUGAAACACCCCACCCCAGGUCAGCUUGCUUACCAGUCCCUUAAUUACCCUAACCCCAUAAAACCCUAACAAUGACCUAAUCGAGGAGAAGAUGCCUUUAGAACAUGAGCUCCCCUUUUCUGUUCUCUGGCCAUUGAAUAAAUCACCUCCUUGCCAUCAAAUACUGUUUUGUUAUUUGGUUGUUCGGCAAAUGGUAUUGAGUAGGCAAAGAACCUACCACUUCCGUAACACUCUCUGCCUUUAAUCCACUUCCGCUCUUUCUUUCUGUUUUGUUGGUGGUAGUGGUUUGUUUUGUUUCAUCCUUACAUCUACCUUUAAUCUAAACAUCUUCUGUGGGGGGAUGUUUCUUCAGAGCAAGUGAAGAGAAAAUAUUCAAACUAGAACAUUCAACUCCACGUGGAAAGUCACCCAUGGAUCUGGUUGGCAUGGUGAACAACAAAGCUGAGGACAAGGGAAAUCAUUAUAAAUGUCAUCCUUGGAGAGGAAAGGUUUAGCCUUUAUUCCCUGAAAUGUUUGUU